UUAUUCCGAUCGUUUCAAUUUCUUCAGUUCCCGGCGGAUUUUAGCUGCUCCCCUUCUAAACGGUCUUUGGUCUUUGGUGUGUUGGUAGUUUGUUGACAAAUCACAGGCUGAGGCCGUGGCCGUACGAUUACGCAAUGCUAAGUAGAGACAGACAGUCCUGCAGUUUAAUCUCAAUGAAUGAGAUUUUCCUAAUCAACAAUGGCUGAUCUAAGCGCAGAUGAUAAAAGUAUCAAUUCAAUACCUCUGGAAAUGGCGUCUGCAUCGCCGAAAAAUCGCCGAUCUGCUUCUAUGACUUCACGAUUUUAUGAAGCUGAAUCAGAGGAUUACAAAGUGAAAUCUUUUAUAGAAACAACAUCAUCUUGUGUUAAGCAGAAAAAUCUAGAUACCAAGAUUAAACAAUCAAAGCACCUACCAUUGUGGGCUUGGUAUAUUAUAGCUAAAUGCAAUGGUAUUCCAUUGCAACCUGACUCAAAACCAAUUUUGGGAACAAUUCUUCAUGCUUUAACUUUUACUGGAGCAUUAUCAUAUGCUCUAUCAUAUACUUGGUAUGUUGUGUAUGACAUACUUUCACCCAAUACACCAAGAGACAUUCCAGGUGGCUCUGUCAGUAUCCUUCUCGUUUACUUUUGGUGUGGAUUUGGAUUUUAUUGUAAAGAUUUAAGUAGUCGUCUAUUUUUACAUCCAAGAUUUCUCAAAGAUAUAAGAAUGCACACAAGAACUGUAUUUAAAAUUAAUGGAGCAUUGCUAGUAUUUAUAUUAGGACUUUUUUUUACAAUAGCAAAUGUUGUUGAAAGCUUAACUUGGUUUGAUGAUGUGGUCUGUGAUAGAAUUGAUUUAGAUCCUAUCGUCUGCCAAAUGAUGAGUGUAUCUAGUAUUGUAUUUUCAGUAUUUACGUUGAUAUGGCAUUCUCUUGUAUCAUUUGUUUUCAUGUCUGUAUGUAGAACACAUACUAUUGGAUUAAGACGUUUUAUAAAAGAAAUUGAAUAUGAUGCUUCUAUCAUUGAACGCCAUCUUUCAUUUACUCAUAAAAUUUUACCAAUGAAUCAAGAUGACAUAUGGCAAGAAUCAAUGUGGAUUGCUGAAGAUGAAAAUGAUGAAGAAUAUGUAAAUUAUAAACCAAAUAUUAAGCAUAAGAUGUCAGUAUCAAAAAAGGAUAUUAAUCCUCGUAUGCGUUCAUCUGAGCCCAAUUUGAGGAAUAUUGAGCAAUCAGGUGAAAUCAGUGUCCUUUUUGCACCAAUAGCUGAGAAUCUGGAUCCAUCUGAUGAUCAUUCUUCUAUAUCAGAAUUUGAGUGGAAUUAUUUUCGUGAUGAUAGUGCAUUUAUUCCAGUCCGGAGAUUACUUCAAGGAAAUAAAGAUGGUCUUGAUGAUUCAGCAGCUACUCCUCAUACCAUGACUAAUGCAGAACUAAUGCAUCAUUUUUGGAAACUUAAUUGCAGGUUAAGAUUUUCGUCAUGUGCUCUUCAGAGGUGGUAUGCCAGUUUUGUAUCUCUUGUACUUCUUCGAUGUUCAACAUACCUCGUCCAUUGGUUGGGACAUCCUGCCAUAGUUUUUGAUAUUCUUCAAUUUUCACUUCCUCUAGUAUUGCUUGUUGUUUUAUCUACAGCAAUAGCUGAAGUAAAUUUUGAAGGCCAAAGAGUGUUACGGGAUUCGUUACCAAAUCUGAAUUCUUUGGGAAUUCAUAACAUCAGUGGCAAUUUAUUCUACAUGUGUGAGGGUAAGAAACCUUUUGGAAUUUCAUGAUGCAAACAUUAUUUUAUUGAUCUUCGAGUCAGCUUGUCAGUUAAUUGCACAGCUAAAAUGAUACUGAAAGCUUUUUCAAUUGAUUUGUUAAGUUUUCUGAAAUGUUUUCAUGUUUUUUGGAGUUUUGGAAUCUGCCAUUUUUAGGUAAUAAUUUUAUUUUUUCUAAUUUCCAAAGUUUAUUUUUUGGACCAUCUUUAGUUUUUUUUUUAAAUAAAAAACAGUUUAUGCGGAUCCUUUUUCAGUUAGAGUAGUUAUACUUAAGCUCACAAAAGGAAGGGGGGGAAAAAUUUUUUUUCUGCAUUAGAAAAUAAUAUUUUUAAGUUAUGUUUUCAGCAUUUUGUAUCAGAACCAAGUCUUUUUACUCAGAAUGACGAACUAAGUGAAACUUUUGUAUUUUUUUUUUAAUUCAAGUUUUUGUUAUCAGUUACAUCUGUGCAGGUUUUAGAUUUAUUAAUAUUUGUUUAUUGAUUUAAAGUUCUAUCUUAUGUAAAUGGUUUGAUGGCUUAAAAGUACAAUUUUAAGAAAUGAAAUUUUAAAAAAUUAUAAACAUGUAAUUUAUUGAUUUUUGAAUGAUAAUUAAUUUGAAUUUAACUACUUUUUUAAUCAAAAUUAAGUUUUAGAUUUAUGUAUACGUUUUUAGAAUGAUGAAAUACAUAGUAAAUAUUUUUGAAUGAUAAACUAUAUUAAGAAAGCUAUUUGCAAUUACAGAAAUGAUUCUGAAAAAAUUAAUUUUCAAAAGUACAUAUGAUUAAAGAUGGAAUUGUAUUUUAUAUUAUACGAAUGUGAAAAGAUAACAUUAAAGAAACACAAAACUGUGCAUUUUUAUAAAAGUAUGAAAAUGUUUUUGCCAACUUACAAGAAAACUAUUUUUAACUAUUUUACUUAUUUAGGAGCACUUGAAGUGGAUUAAACUGAAACUGAAUUAAUGAG